AAAUAACACACAACAUUUGAUUUCUUGUUAAUUUUUUUGAAGCUCUGUUGCGACCAUGAAUAAGAAGAAUGCAAAUUGCUCCCCUGGAAAAACAAAGAAGGGUGACUCAAAUAAGGUCUCUCAUAACUCACAGGUAGGCAAUCAAGAUGUUGAGGGGUUUCAGAAUUCAUCUUUGGUCGAUGAAACAAAGAAUGUGAACCAAGAGAGUCUCGUCCAACAGGAAAUUGUUGAAGCUAGAGACAAAUUGGAAAAGCAGAAACAAGACAAUCGGAAGAAAGAGUUGGAUCUUCUUAUGAUCAAAAGCAUUCAAAAUGAAAAUCUGUUAGCCAACCUCACUAUUGGCGAUUCAAUUGAUUUAACCAAGAUGAUAGAUGAGAAAAUUAAGGAGAUUGAUGCUAAGAUCGCUUCACUCGAUUGAUCAAAUGUUAUUUGAAAGUAUUUAUCAUGAUUAUGAAUAAAAUUUGUGGAUCUGAAUAAAACUCAUAAUAAACUUCUUUUGCUAUAAUUUUUCUAUCA